GUCCAAACAAAAUUGUAUAAGAGUGGAACAAAGUCUAACCAACUUCUCUUCAUUGCUCACGCUCACAACUAAAGGAAAUUAAACAACAUGAAAAGGAGUAGUAGUAAUAGGAAGAUCCAAGUGUUCAUCAAUUUCCGGGGAGAGGAGCUACGCUGCAGCUUUGUGAGCCACCUCGUUGACGCUUUUAAAAGACAUGGAAUCAACUUCUUCAUAGACAAAGACGAACAAAAAGGGAAAGACCUCAAACAUCUCUUUGCAAGGAUCAAGCAAUCGAGGAUGGCUCUCACCAUAUUUUCCAAAAGAUACGCAGAGUCAAGCUGGUGCCUGGACGAGCUUGCAAGGAUCAAGAAAAGAGCCGAUAAAUGCAAGCUACGAGUGGUUCCUAUCUUCUUUAAAGUGAAGGCAGAGUCUGUUAGAUAUCAAAAGGCUGAGUUUGGUCGCAACUUCUGGAGGUUGGCUAAGACUUCGAGUGGAGAACAAAUCAAGAAAUGGAAGGAAGCUUUAGAGUCUGUUUCUGACAAGGUGGGCUUAACGUUAGGCGACAAAAGAACAAACAAAUGGGUCCAGAUGUACAUAAAUGGCUAA